AUGCCUGAUAAAGAUAAAAACAUAGUAAAAUUCAACAACUUUCAUAAACAACAGCCUGUGCCAUUUGUGAUCUAUGCAGACUUUGAGGCUAUAACAGAAAAGAUAUCGGGUUGUCAACCUAAUGAUGAUAAAUCAUAUACAAAUGCAUAUCAAAAACAUACUGAUUGUGGUUUUGGUUAUAAGGUUGUCUGUUGUUAUGAUGAUAAAUAUAGUCAACCCCUGAAAAUAUAUAGAGGUGAAAAAGCUGUUUAUACAUUCAUGGAAUACCUUUUAGAUGAAGUUAAAUAUUGCAAGAAAGUUAGGAAAAAAGAAUUCAAUAAACCAUUGAUAAUGACAAAGGAAGAUGAAGAGAAAUUUCUAAAAGCUAAUGAAUGUUAUAUUUGCAACAAGAAAUAUACUGAUAAAGAUAUUAAAGUCAGAGACCAUUGCCACAUCACAGGUAAAUAUAGAGGAUCAGCACAUCAAGAAUGCAAUCUGCAACUUAGAUUAAACCCUGAAGAAGUUAAAAUACCCGUUAUAUUUCAUAAUUUGAGAGGGUAUGAUAGUCAUUUUAUAAUGCAAGAGAUUGGAGCCAUUUUUAAGAACCAUACAUAUAAAAAUAAUAAAGGAGAAGAGAAACAGAUGAAUAUAAAUGCAAUUCCAAAUAAUAUGGAAAAAUAUAUGGCAUUCAUGUUAGGUAAUCACUUAACAUUUAUUGAUAGUUUCCAGUUUAUGAGUUCAAGUUUAGAAAAACUUGUGAGUAAUUUAUCAAAAGAAUCAUUAAAGUAUACAAGCAAAAGUUUUAAAGGUGAGAAACUUGAUUUGAUGAGAAAGAAUGCUAAAAAUGCUUUUGAAAAAGAGUUCUUCAAGUUAAUGAAUAAUAGUGUAUUUGGUAAAACUAUGGAAAACAUCAGAAAGCGAGUUGAUGUUAGACUUGUAACUGAUGAGAAAAAACUGUUGAAGCUAACCAGUAAACCAACUUAUGUUAGUUGUAAGAUAUUUAAUGAAAAUCUAGUUGCUGUUCAUAAGAUCAAAGAAACAAUUACUCUAAACAGGCCGGCAUAUGUGGGCAUGUCCAUCUUAGAUCUAAGCAAGACUUUAAUGUAUGAUUUUCAUUAUAAAUAUAUUAAAAAGAAUUAUGGAGAAAAAGCUAUGUUAUUAUUCACUGAUACAGACUCUCUAACUUAUGAAAUUGAAGCUAAUGAUGUUUAUAGAGAUUUUUGGAUUGAUAAAGAUAAAUUUGACAACAGUGACUACCCUGAAGGCUCACCUUAUUUUGAUAAGACAAAUAAGAAAGUAAUUGGAAAAUUUAAAGAUGAAGCUGCUGGAGUUCCUAUUUGUGAAUUUGUUGGUUUAAGAUCAAAAAUGUAUAGUUGUAUAAAAGAUAAUGAAAAAGGAGGUAAAACUGCUAAAGGAAUCAAGAAGAAUGUUAUUAAGAAUAACAUAACACAUGAAAACUAUAGAGAUACACUCUUCAAUAAUAAACAGAUGCAUCAUAAAAUGAAAACUAUCAGAAGUGAAAACCAUCAACUUGGAAGUUAUCAAAUCAAUAAAGUAUCACUCAGCUGUUUUGAUGAUAAAAGAUAUAUACAUGAUGAUGGAAUAACAAGUUAUGCAUAUGGACAUUUUAAAAUAUCAGAUAAAGUUCCCAAUAGAAUAUAA